GAGAGUUUGGCGUCGAGAGGUGUUAGAGGGGCAAUGUCUGCGCUGGAGUGGUUCGCGCACAAGCCUCUGGGCGACGGGAUCUUCUGGAUCCAAGAGCGCUUCUACGAGUCAGGCAACCGGGCGAACAUAUGGUUGGUGCGAGGCUCGCAGCGGGACGUGGUGAUCGACGCGGGACUGGGGUUGCGCAGCCUGCCCGACUAUCUGCGCGCUGCUGGGCUUCUGGAGCCGGCAGAGGGGAACGAGCCGCGGCCACUGCUAGCUGUGGCCACCCACGUUCAUUUCGACCACUCGGGAGGGCUGCAGCACUUCGACGAAGUGGCGGUGCACAGCGCCGAGGCGGCGGCCCUGCAAAGCGGCGACAACUAUGAGACCGUCACCUGGCUGUCGGACCGGGAGGUGGUCCGGCCACCGCGGCCCGGUUGGCGGGCACGGCAGUUCCGCGUCCCGCCCGUCAGGCCCAGCCGCCUGCUGCAGGAGGGGGAUGUGAUCAGCCUUGGAGACAGACAGCUUACUGUAAUGCACAUGCCAGGUCAUUCAAGAGGCAGCAUUUGCCUACAUGACAGAGACCGGAAGAUUCUGUUCAGUGGGGAUGUGGUGUACGAUGGAUCCAUGAUUGACUGGCUUCCGUACAGCAGAAUAAGUGACUAUGUUGCAAGCUGCCAGCGCCUCAUGGAGUUGGUGGACAGAGGUCUGGUGGAGAAGGUAUUGCCUGGGCACUUUAACAUGUUUGGGGCAGAAAGGCUGUAUCGGUUAGCAUCCAACUACAUUUCACAAGCUGGAAUCUGCCACAAGGUUUCUACUUGUGCCAUGAGAUCCAUUGCAAGCAUGGUACUUCGUGUUACAAAUUCUGGAUUCACUUCUUAGUGCAUUUGGUAUGAUCUGUUUCCUGCUCAAAACCAAAAGGCUUGUGGAAGUGUUGAUAAAAGCAAAGGUGCCUUUGCACCCAGCAAAUUGGUACAGAUGAUCUGCAAAAAUCCUAUUUCUGCCUACUUUAUUCCUGUUUUUAUAAAAAAGUGCAUAAGCCUUAGCCAAAGCUACCAUUUUUUUCCCUAUUUUUCCAGGGCAUGUUUGCACAUGUAUUGUGAUCAAAAUAUAUUUGGUUUAUUUUUUUUAUGAAUCUGAUGGAUAUGUAUGUGCCAAAAGGCAGAGGUUUUGCAUUCCCACCUGAAACCUUGUUGAUGUAGCACUGUGUUUGUGACCAUUCACUCAACUCCUGCUCAGGUUUUGGCCUGACACAGCUCAUUCUAAGAUGUGGUGUGUGUUGGGAGCAGAACUGUUAGGUCAAAGCAUGAGCAACACCCAUGCAGGACUCCAGGCAGUAAGAAACAAGGGCCAUAUUGUAGCCUUUCUCACCUGCUUCUUGGUGUCUGCUGUACCCAUUGUUCUAUAUGUCUUUGCAAAGGAGCUGUUAGUUCUCCUUGGAAUUCACUAAUGUAUGGAAAUGCUAUAGACCAAACUUCCAAGCUGGAAAGUGUAGACACAUCAGCUUAACAAAAAGCUUUUCAUGCAGAUCCAGUAGCAGAUGGACUGAGACUUUUGCUUGCUCUGUGACAGAAGAGAAAGAAUGAACUCAGGCCAUCAGCUAGGGAACUGUUUUUCUUGUAGGCAUGUGAGUUAGGAACUAGAGCCUUUGUGAACUAAUUAGUGUGCUAGAUCAGUUUGUAGAGAAUGGAUUCAGCUCUUGCUUGAUGUGUUGGUUUUUUUUUUCCUGGUGAGCUCAUAAAAAAAAUUCACAAAAUUUGUUGUUCUGUAAAUCUGAAGGAAUUUGACUGUCACAAGCUUAAAGAUUUUAUAUUUAAGAGUAUUUUUAUGUGACUGGGUUGUGACUUGGUUUUAAAGCUCUGUGGUGGGGGAAGGAUGGAGGCUUUAACAUUUCUUACCAUGCUGCAGGUGCUGAGUUAACAGCUGGUACACUUGUUACCACAAGUGAGUGUAACUUGAGCUGUUUACUGUGUGCUUAUGAAGUGUUUGCUGCAUAUGGUUUUUUUUUUUAUGAGAAGUGCAUUGCAUUCAGGUCUGCUCUGGAAAAAAAAUGCUGAAUACACUGAGAAAUGCAAAAUGACAUUGUACCUUGCUUAUGAAAAUUGAAUGUGUGGUAUUUAAAAGCUGUCUAAAUGGUCAGAGUUUGUGUAAUUAUGCUAACAGUCUCUGUAUCAAACUUUUUUAAAAGGACACUGAUCUUAUUUUUGUAUGUAGACAUAAGUACUUUCCUAAAAAGAGUGUGCUUUUCCCAUAUUUUAGUGAAGUUUAAUAUUAUUUAUUUGGAUUUGACUUAUGGGGAAGCUUCUUUCUCCCCAUUCAUUAUACUCAAUAGAAAGGGAGCUCAGGGUUUGGGCUCUGAGGCAUUGGGGAGUGGAAACUGAUAGCCUUCCUAAGAGCUGUAAAUUCAAGUGAACAAACCAAUUGUAAAAUAAAAACAUCUCAUCUGAAAAUUAUGAAAGGGAGUAUCAUAUAUAAUGCUUUUCUCCUUUCACAACCACAGCACUCCUGCCUUUACUGUUUGAAUAUAUCCUUCACCAGGAUUUGUAAUGAUAGGUUGUGACGUGCCUAGUUCCUGUUAGCAGUGCCUAUCUCCAAGCUCUAGCAAAACAAUGAGUGGUCAGGACACAUGCAGCACUUGAAAGACCUUUUACUACUCAGUUCAUAGUCUCUUUUUUGGAGGAAUCCAAGUAUAUCAGUGCAUUACAUGAGGAAUGUUUAAUUAACGGGUAGAAUUCUGUCAUGAGCAAACCUAGGAGCUUUUUAUCUUGGCCAGAGAAGAAAUGGAGGUUGAUGUGACAGCUGAUGCAUGCUGCUAUUUACAUAGCAGUCCAGAUACUGUUCUGGAUAGCCAGGGCUUCACAGUGGGUAAUCACAGAUCUGAGGUAGCAAGCGGGAAAGUCAAAAUGCCUAGUACUGGACCUUACAACAGCUACCCUGAUAAAACGAUGGUGUCACAGGUUACCCAAUCUGAAUUUCUCCAAGUUAGCUGUCUAUGGUGUAAUACCAGCAGUAAUCUUACCCCUUGCUUCUGUGAAGGCUGUAGGAGCACUGGUGAUGACUUCAUGCCUCUUCAGUCUCAAAGCCUGCCAAUAUGUGUGCCAGUUGCUCCAUUAUUCAUUAGGAGAGUCAGAACAUGUUGAAUUAGCACUUUGUGUUAUACCACAAUAUACAAUAUUAGAAGCCAUGUAACCAGGUUAGACUGUUUUGUAAAACCUAAGAGAAGGCUUACAGGCAUGGCCAUUGAAAGAGAAAGAUAUCCUCCAUCAUUUGUAUUUAAAUCUGUGCUUGGUAACAGCCAUAAGAUCCUUAAAUGUCAGGAUUAUUGUCAAAAUGCCCCAUUAAGCCACACUUAAUUCCAUGAAGUACAUGUAGGUAAUAGCAGUUGCCUGGAGUUUUUGACAGAAAUGUAGGGGAUAAUUUCCUAGCUCAGAAGGAAGUGUUACAUUAACACAGUCCAAAGUGGAGUGUGUUAACACUGCUGCUAUAAUCUAGUUGAAAGUAGUUUUUGAGAGUCUCAAAGUUAUUUUUGUAUUAAAAAAAAACACUAUGAGGCAAAUAUAACCUCUGCAGUGCAAAGAACUGACUCUGACUAUUUUUGUUAAGAAUUACUAAGUUUUAGUCAUGAGUGUUUUGACAGUGGUCCUUUAACAUUACUUAGAUUUAAUAUUUAAAAUGUGUAUUGUAAGUUUAAGUGUUGUAACAACUUGGGGAUUUAGAACUGUGUUAUUUGUAAAAUCUAAAUGUAUGUUAAUGCAGUUUCAGUAGAUUGGAGACAGGAAAAAAUCACAAAAUCAGACAGGAAGUUUUGCUCUGUAAUCUGUCAAGACUUUUGUGAUGUUAACAAUUUACAAAUUAAAAAGUAAUUUUGUCACAGAAAAUCAUAAUAAAAAAUUAUAUAAUA